AUGGCGAAUCUAGCCAUCUAUGUCACGGUGCGUUCAUAUGUGCAGCGUGAUAGAGAAGAGUGUCAUGACCGAAUGAUGAAAAAUUAUUUCAUCGAGCGUCCGAGAUUUCCUACUCAUGAUUUUCGGAGGCAGUUUCGGAUGAGGAGAGAGCUUUUUGAAAGCAUCUUGAAUGCAGUUGUCAAUCAUGACCACUACUUUGCAAGGAGGCUAGAUGCCGCAGGCCAACAAGGUCUAUCACCUCAUCAGAAGCUCAUAUAUGUUUUUCGCAAGCUAGCUAAUAGGUGCUCUGCAGACUCAACUGACGAGUAUUGCCGACUUGCAGAAAGUAUUGCUAUUGAGAACCUGAAACGCUUCUGUAAGGCAAUUGAAGGCAUAUAUGGAGCCACAUACCUCCACAAACCAAAUCGUAAAGAUUUGAAGAGGCUUCUACGCAAGGUAGACAAAAGAGGCUUCCCUGGAAUGAUAGGAAGUCUCAAUUGUAUGCAUUGGGAGUGGAAGAAUUAUCCUACUGGUUGGGCUGGCCAAUUCAAGGGCUAUCAUAACAAGCCAAUCAUCGUGCUCAAGGCUGUGGUAUCUUACGACACAUGGAUUUGGCAUGCUUUCUUCGACGCUUAUGGAUCAAACAACGAUAUCAACGUUCUUUGGUCUUCUCCUCUGUUUGAUAAUGUUGUCAAUGGAUGGGCACCAGAAUUUCGGUACAAGGUAAAUUGUAAUAGGUAUGAGUUAGGUUACUACCUAACUGAUGGUAUCUUUCUCAAAAGUUUUUCUCAUCCCGAUAGUGCAAAGAAUAAAUUAUUUUCGUAG